CUUUCACGCAUCCAGUGGAAAUGACAAACCAGAGGCGCUGCACGGGCCAGCAUGUCAAACACUAACAAUAAUCAUGGGCUUCAGCAGCAGCGACUCACUCACAUCCUAAGACACUAACGCAUCUCUGGGACAUUUUGACGGCGUGCGGGCGAAUCAAAGUUGGAGCGGGCUCGCCAAAUGGACGUCGAUGGACUGGAAUGAAACCUAUACUUCUAUCGGACUGAAGGAAGGAGGGAAAGAAACCUCUGCAUGUUCAAGUUUCCUGCUCCAACCAGAGGGGCAUCGGUGCGCGCGUGCUGGAUGUGGGUGCGUGUGUGGAAGUGUGUGUUGGAUGAGUGUGUGUGCGUACCCGCAGGACCAGGAGCGGCGGCAGUGGUGGUGGUGGUGGCCGCGGGAAGAUAAGUUUAGCGCCGUGAUUUUUCCUCUUUCCCUCUGUUCUGUUGUGUUGCUUUCCAAGUCACACCACGGGACGGGAGGAUUAACGUUUCCCUGAUGAAAAUUGAUCAUCCGUGGAGGGACUCUGUGAUCGUGACUAUGAUGAUGAUGUCGAGUAAGAGCGUGGAGUGGCUGCAGGAGGAGCUGGAGUCCGGGGCCAGCUCCCUGCUGCUGCUGGACUGCAGACCCCAUGAGCUGUACGAGUCCUCGCACAUCGAGUCGGCCAUCAACCUGGCCAUCCCGGGCCUCAUGCUCCGGAGGCUGAAGAAGGGCAACCUCCCCAUCCGCUCCAUCAUCCCCAACAACGAGGACAAGGAGAAAUUUGUCAAGCGCUGCAAGACGGAUGUGGUGGUUCUGUAUGACGAGGCGACCACGGAGCGGCAAGAGUCCGGGCUGGGGAGCUCCGUUCUGGGGCUGCUCCUGCAGAAACUGCGGGACGACGGGUGCAAGGCUUUCUAUCUGGAAGGUGGCUUCAACAAAUUCCAGUCGGAGUACCCCGAGCACUGCGAGACCAAUUUGGACUGCUCCUGUCCCAGCAGCUCCCCACCAGCCUCUGUCCUCGGUCUGGGAGGACUCCGCAUCAGCUCCGACUGCUCGGACGGGGAGUCUGACCGAGAGCCGGGCAGCGCCACAGAGUCAGAGGGCAGCCCGCUCCCCAACAACCAGCCAGCAUUUCCCGUCCAGAUCCUGCCGUACCUUUACCUUGGCUGUGCUAAAGACUCCACCAACCUGGAUGUGCUUGGCAAGUACAACAUCAAGUACAUCCUCAACGUGACGCCCAACCUGCCCAACAUGUUCGAACACGAAGGGGACUUCAAGUACAAACAGAUCCCCAUCUCCGAUCACUGGAGCCAGAACCUCUCUCAGUUUUUCCCAGAGGCCAUUUCAUUCAUUGACGAGGCGCGCUCAAAAAAGUGCGGCAUCCUGGUGCACUGCCUGGCCGGGAUCAGCCGCUCAGUUACCGUCACGGUGGCCUACCUGAUGCAGAAGCUUAACCUGUCGCUCAACGACGCAUACGACUUCGUCAAGCGGAAAAAGUCCAACAUUUCCCCAAACUUCAACUUCAUGGGCCAGCUGCUAGACUUUGAGCGGACGCUGGGCCUCAACAGUCCCUGCGACAACCACUCGACCUCCCCGACGCACGAGCAGCUCUUCUUCACCACCCCGACCAACCACAAUGUGUUUCAACUGGACACGCUGGAGUCCACAUGAAAAUAAUACGGGGGACUGUCCCUUUUUUUGCGGGGUCAAGGUGGUGUUGUUACCAUGGUAACAAGCGGCUGCACUGGAGGGAAGCAGCCUGUUUUAAUGAAUGUUUUAGCCUCCCAAGGCGGGUCAUCUAAGAGCCUGGCCACGGAGCAGCGUUGGAGGGACGGGGAAGGUCACAGAUGCCACGGUAAAGGGGAAGGGGAGCUGAGAGACAGGUUUAUGAUGGCGUCCUCCUCAGAGUUGAUUGAAAUCGAGGGAGGAAAACCCCCCCCGAUCAACGUGUCUACUAACGAAGAACUGAGGAGACUUAACUGACUGAGAAACUGACCGGCACAGACAGCUUCAUAAAAAGAUAGGAACACAGAAAAAUCUACAGCGUUAAUUCAUGAGACGACGAAGUCCUCUCUGUCUUUCUGUCUUGUCUCCUCGAGCAGGGCUGACUGGUGCGAAGUGGAGAAUCUGGGAUUUACCUAGGAAAUCUUGCUCUACUGAAUGUAGAGAUUUAUAAACCAAGGAAUGAACACACACAUAAACAAAGUAUGUAUGUUUGUACUGUAUGUAUGUUAAACGUACAUAGAAAAUGUAUGGGCAGUCCUUAACAAAUUCAGUAUGUCUAUAUGCAUUUAUGUAUAUUUUUGUGUACAUUUACACACAAAUCUAUACCUUUAUAUAAAUAUAUACGUAUAGAAAUCUUAUCUAUCCAAUCCAAUAAUGGCUUAAGAGAAUGUAAAACUAAAGAAGAGGAAUGGGUGUGGUGACGCCAACAAAGAGAAACGUUGUGAUAUUCCUAGUUGUCUUCUUUUUUUGUUAAGUUUGGUUUUUAUUUUAGAUUUGUAAUGACCUUAUGCAGUUUGCACAGUGGUGUAGCCAUUGACUUGUUGGCACUUGGAGACAGUGCUUGGAAGCAGGCAGAUAAAGAGACAUUCAGAGAAGAGGAGCAGAGAGGCCAGUCCCAGGCUGCGAUGAGUCCCGACAGCUGCACAGUGGAGUUGGGAGGGAACUGUGCCCCCCCCCCCCAGCAAAGGACAAGGUUCAGGGGUUAGAGGGUUAGGCCUAGGCCAUGGGGUUAGAUAACAUCAGUUGAAUCAUGGUUGUGUAAGGGUGAAGAUUCUACAGUAGAACUGACAUUUGGCCAACUUAUUUCAAGCGCAAGUUCCCGGUUCCUACUUCCUUCCUCAAAUGACUGUUCAUCCAGUUGCCUAACAAGAAGUACCGGUUGUUGUCCACCAUUUGUUUUGAUUAUUUUAGUCGUUUGUUUCAUUUCAGUUAGAAACUAAACUCUGCACAUCCUUGGUUAUUUCAUCACAGGGUAUUGUCUUAUGUAUGUUUUGCCAAACCGGCUUCUAACGGCUCUGACUUUUGUACUUUGAGGCAGAGACUUGAAUAAGAGGUAAGGGUUAGGGUUGGUGUUGGGGGACGCUAGGGCAGUGUUAACAUUUCUGAGCAACCUUUUGGGCAGCUUAUCUGAGCAACCUUGGGCAAUGAAGUGCCUCAACACUCUUGUAUUACCUUACUUCUUAUUGCCUACGAGGAAGUUGUUCAAUUUGCUGUCCUAUCCUAGGUCCCCUUUUAGGACACAGGUACAAAUUUGCCAAAAAAAACGUACUCUCGGACAAGGGACUUUGAACACAGUCUCUGUGUUUGGAUUAUGGUGUUGUGAACUGGGACUGGACUGGCUACAGACAGCACUUAGCUACUUCAAUAGCUUCAUGUCAUUUAACUGCUUUGGAGAAAGUAGAAGGACAUUCUAUCUGCAAAGGGAUCACCAAUUUCGUCAAAGAAAAGUUUGAGUUGAUUCACCCUUAAGCCUUGGGUAUAUUAAAUGAAAAAUAUAUUAAACACAAAUUGAUAUAUAUAUAAGUAUAUAUAUAUUAUAGAGCUAAUAGUAAACUGAUUUAUUUUGUAUACCUGAGCAUGCUAUGGUACUGUAUGCUCUCUAACAGUAGUCGUAACCACGGGUUGGAUGUUGCUUUACCAGGUGGGAAGACGAACGAUGGGGACCGUUUUUUUAACUGCUGUUGCUGCUGAAUACAGCAGUACACAGCAUAUGCUUAACGUGUUUUCUGAGACCCUGUUCACAUCCAAGGCACCUUAACAUAAAAAACUUCAGUCGUUGUCCGUUUAAUGUAGGUUUCAUCUUAUGAGUGGAACAGCACUGCAGCACUGGGGCAUACGCCAAUAACUGUACACUGGGCGUCAUCCAAGAACAUUUUCGUAUCCUAAAUCUCCCUUAGUUUUCUUCUGUGAGGGUUGCUGGUAUUAGUAUUCAUGUUAAAACGGAUUCAGCUCGUAACUUCACAAACUUGACGUAAAUCCCUCUUUUCAACAUGAUUAAUGCCACCUGUACACGAGGACGCGCACAUCCGUCAGCUGCAAUCGUUACCUUAAUGGGUGCUCCAAAAAUGUCUAUAUAAGGCUGCCUGUUCCGCUCAACUUGUAGGCAAGUUCAUUCACAAAAAUGUCAAUAAGAGUAAAAAGGUGAACAAAUCACCUGACAAAAACAUCACAGAUUUAGCAUUAACCUGGGGAAAAAAGUAAAAAUUGACUAUUACUAUGUUUGUCUACGGAUUUUUAAAGGUGAGGCGGUCUAUAUAGACUGGUUACAGGUAAGGAGGAGUAUGAGUGGUUCUUGCACAAGGCCUAUUAUUCAUAGCAAACCACAGAAAUGUGCUUUCAAAGCGGGGAUGUGGACGGGGUCUUAACAGAAACAAAGAACUGGGUUUCAGAGGGGACAGCAGUUGAAUCUGAACAGGGUUGGUUUUAGCUGGCCUUAUAUAAUCUUUCUAACUUGUUUCUAAUGCUGACUGUUCAAUACUCUUUGUAUCUCACUUUAGGAAAAUAUUAAAAAAAGAAACGUUUGCUUAUAUCUGUUAUUCGAAUCAGAUCAUGGUAAUAAUAGACAGCGAGCUGUCUUCUUACCGUAACGGGUCACACGAGGUCCUCUUUGUUACUCUGCAAUAUAUCAAAACACCUUUUUGCAGUAUUUUGUAGAUCCAAGACCUCAAACAUUUUUGAAAUCUUCUUUUUUUGUACUAUAUCUAUUCUAUAUAAUGAUACAAGAUCCAGCUCGAUGUGGCUUGUGGACUGAAGUAACAUUUCACCUGGGGUGCCCAAAAUGCAGGGCCGGCCUGCCCAUUACUAACCUGAAAGAGGCCCUCACGAAAACGCACACACGCAUCCAGUUAUGUUUCACAAGACGAUUACACCCCCUGGCUUUAAUAAUUUCAAGGUCUUUUUCUGUCUUGUUUUGAUAUAAUGUGCUCUAUGCUCUUCCUGUGGCCUUUCUAUAUGAAUAUAUAUAUAUAUUAGUGUGUGUGUGUUAUGAAUUUAUAUGCAAAAGUUCCUCUCCUAUUAUAGCACCAUGAAGAUAAUACUACCAUGCUUGAAUUGACUUCCCUUGUUAGUAGUUAUAUCCCACUUACAAUAACAAAAACAGGACUUGAUCACUUGCACCCUAGGAUUGAAAUCUAUUUCAGCACGGAGCUUUUUUAUUUAAAAAGUAUUUGGUUGAUUUCAAGCUGCUUUCUUUUGUUUUUUGUGUCUUUGUAAUAAUGAAAGAGGAAUCUUUUUUCUCUGUUUGUAAAUUUUCUAGAUCACAGGAACGGCCGUUUCUGUGUCCUUAAACUUGUAGCUACAUAUUGGUGAGAAUGUGCUCGGGAGGGAAAGACGUGAAUGAGCGAGAGGCGGUGGCGUUACAUACAAAGUGAAAGAAAAAGUGAAUGAUUUUAAAAAUGUUACCUCAGUGAGGAAUUUUUCAGGGAUUUUUUUGACAAUGCAUCUUGCAUCGUGUUACAGCUUCAAACACACGUUGAAUAGCUGUUUUGUAUUGUGCUGUAAACAGUUUUUUAAAAAGAUGCAAUCUGUCUGUGUAUAAAAACAUGGGGCAUGUUAACAGGGCAGUUUUACGUUUCUGUCUACUGAAGGAUAUCUGUUUGACCCUAUGUAUUGUACAGUAUAUGGAAACAACACAAGACAUGUUUAUACCGCAAAUAAAUAUUGAAAUAUUUUUUUCUUUAA